UCGGCUCUGCUCUCGGCUCCUCUUCAAGUCACAGCCAGGGACGUGUGAAGCGGCCAAUGGGCUGGCGUGCUGCCGCCUGAUUGGCUGCUGCCCCGCUGUCAUGCCGGAGCUCCUCCCCAGCCCCAGUGCCGCUGCUGCUGCCCACAGUCUGCCUGUUUUCUUGUGACACAGCCUCUGAGCCUCAAAUGCUCUGUAGCGACGGGGAGAAAUGGGAGCAACCGUCUGAGGGAAGCAGCAUCGGCGCUCCUGCCCACACCCUGCGCUUCGCCGGAACAGGAUCCACGAUGGAGCUCGCGUCCUCUACACACAGAUCGCAUCUUGAUGGGAAGAGGGACUCCCCUGUCACAGUCCCAGCAUGGCCAGUGAUGGCUCCUGUGCUCCCAGUGCUCCCAGUUCCGUGGUGCCCCAGCCUGAUACGCAGCUCCUGAUCCCCCCUCUAUGUUUGGCCUGUCCCAGCAGGCCAGAGCCCCCCGAUUCGGCCAGAGCCCCCCGAUUCGGCACGCCAGCUGCGAAAGGUGCCUACAGAAAUUUACCGCUUCACACCAGCCGUGCAUCCUGCCCAGACACCCAUCUACCACGUGAUCCACGUUGCCAGGGCUCCCCUCGAUGGACGGGCAGCAGAAGUCGCCCGACAGCAGCAGUGAGGCUUGCACCGUGCUGGAGAAUGUUGCCGCGGCGAUUGCCAGGCAGCCCCUGUCCUGCCCCAACCAUGAGGACAGGGUGCCGUCGUUCUGGUGUCCUCCAUGUGAGACGGAGUUAUGUCAAGAAUGCACCUCCAGCGAGCAUUCUGAGCAUUCCACCAUCCCACUGAAAGACGCCAUGGACCAGAGCAAGACCACUCUUCAGGAGCAGCUCGGGGCCGUCAGGACAAGGCUCCCGGAGAUAGACUCUGCCUUGCGGGUCCUAAUGGACUUUCAGCAGCAGCUCACCACCCAGAAGGCCUCCAUAGAAGAGGACAUCCAUUCCACCUUCGAGGACAUACAGAAGACACUGAAUGUGCGCAAGAGUGUUCUGCUUAUGGAGCUGGAGGUGACAUAUGGGCUCAAGCAGAAGGUGACGUUCAUUUGUGUAGCUCUGGGAGUGUCACGUGUGGUUGAGGGGAGCAGGGGGCUCCUUCUGUGUGUGGAUUGUACACAUGUUAGUUGUUGGGUGUAUGACACUAGGGGGCAGUCUCUGUGCAUGUUUCAGGUGUUGCAAGCCCAGGUAAGCAACCUGCUGCAUGACCAGGAAGAAAUUCACAGCAGCUGCAGCUUCACGGAGAAGGCACUGGAAGAGGGAUCCGAGGAUGAGAAGUUGCUGGUCAUGAAGGAGAUGCCUAAGCGCCUGGGUGAGCUGACGAGCCAGGAGUUCCCACUGCAGCCCCGGGAGAAUGACCAGCUGGACUUCCACGUGGAGACCGAGGGCCUGAAGAAGUCGAUCCACAACCUGGGCACCAUCGUAACUACAAACGCAGUGGCGUACGAGACGGAAGCCAGUGGUGAGGGUCUACGGCAGUGUGUGGUGGGCCAGUCUAACUCUGUCACCAUCACCACCAGGGACAAAGACGGAGAGCCCUGCAGGAGCGGCAACGCUAACCUGACGGCGGAGAUCUUCACCCCUGACGGCAGCGUGGCCGAUGGGGAAAUUCUGGACAAUAAAAAUGGCACAUAUGACUUCCUCUACACAGUGCCCAAGGAGGGAAACUUCACUCUCUCCUUGCGCCUCUAUGACCAGCACAUCAAGGGCAGCCCUUUCAAGCUGAUGGUGAUCAAAUCUGCCGAUGUCUCUCCAUCUGGAGACGGGGCAAAAAAACGGGUCAAAUCCCCCGGCAGCGGCCAUAUCAAGCAGAGGGCAGUCAAGAGGCCAGCUAGUAUGUUCAGCACGAGCAGGAAGAAGGAGAACCCAAUUGAAGAUGACAUGAUCUUCAGAAUCGGUACAAAGGGACGGAAUAAAGGGGAGUUUACUAACCUUCAGGGUGUCGCUGCAUCUCCCACUGGCAAUAUAUUGAUAGCAGAUAGUAACAAUCAGUGUGUGCAGAUCUUCUCCAAUGACGGGCAGUUCAUUAACCGCUUUGGAGUUCGAGGACGGUCACCGGGGCAACUGCAGCGACCCACGGGGGUUUCUGUCCACCCCAACGGAGACAUCAUCAUCGCUGACUAUGACAACAAGUGGGUCAGCAUCUUCUCCAGUGACGGGAAGUUCAAGACAAAGAUUGGCCAUGGAAAGUUAAUGGGACCCAAAGGUGUAUCAGUGGAUAAGAACGGUAACCUCAUCGUGGUGGACAACAAGGCCUGCUCCGUCUUCAUCUUCCACCCCACUGGCAAGCUGGUCACCAAGUUUGGUAGCCGUGGUAACGGAGACAAGCAGUUUGCAGGUCCCCACUUUGCAGCCGUGAACAACAAUAAUGAAAUAAUAAUUACGGAUUUUCAUAAUCACUCUGUGAAGGUUUUCAAUUCAGAGGGAGAGUUCCUUCUGAAAUUCGGGUCCAAUGGGGAGGGGAACGGGCAGUUUAACGCCCCAACAGGGGUGGCUGUGGACAACAACGGCAACAUCAUCGUGGCCGACUGGGGGAACAGCCGAAUCCAGGUUUUUGACAGCAGUGGUUCUUUCCUGUCUUACAUCAAUACGUCCGCAGAGCCCCUCUACGGGCCGCAGGGCCUGGCACUCACCUCUGACGGCCAUGUUGUGGUAGCAGAUUCCGGAAACCACUGCUACAAAGUGUACCGCUACUUACAGUGACCUGCAGCUUUGCCGGACCCUGGACAGGCAGCCACACUCACAUGUCCUUGCACACACUAGGCCACGUUGCUCUAAUAAACGCCGCACUGGAGUCACCAGAGUUCCGCACCACCAGAAACGUCAUGUGACUGUGGCCUUGCUUGUCACCCUCUGGAUCCUCCGCUGCAGUGAGAGGCGUUUCCCAUAAUCCCAUGCUUGUCCCCAGUGUCUCUCACUUCAGACAGCAUCCAAAUGUCGUGCCAAGAAACUAGCAGGACCUUCUAAGACAAACAAACGCCGUCAAGGUCUUCUCUGAACUGCCGUCUACAGAUGAUAGAUAAUCCAGGACAGUAGAUAACUUCUCUGUACAUUCAAACCCCUGUGCUCUUGAUUUUCAGUGUUUAGUUCCCUUAAUAUUUCUUCGUGGAUGAGAACUGCCUGUUAUUGGUUUCAUGACCAAUUUCAUUUAGCAAUUUUCCUUCUUUGCUACGUAAACAAUUGACCUACAAGUGAAACCGACGCCAGUGUUUGGCCCAGUCCAGGCCGGGGGCCAAAAGGUGCCGCAUGGCAGUUUGUGACCAUUUUGCUAAACUCGAUACUAAUCAUUCUCACUUUAUUUAGAUGAAGGCUAGUAUGAAAAAAGUCAAAUGCAGAUAUGAUUAUAUUUAUGAAAAUUGACAUUUAUAGAUUGAUCUUUCAAUUUGGGGGAAAACGUUAAAAUGAGAGAUCUGCCUCUGAAACCUUGCAUUUCGCAGACAAACAGCCACAGUUAUCAUUCGGCUAUUUCCAGUAAAAUGGUUCCUGAUCUCCCCCUGCAGUGAGGUAUGAAAUAUGAAUGUGUGAAUCUCACAGCUCUCCAAAUGUGACAGGAUAUUUCUGAAGCAUUAACAUGCACUGUUAUGGUUAUUGUAGAGUUGUGUAUUCCAUACAGCUACUGAGAGCUGCUACACGCUUAGAUCCAGGAAGGAGUGUAAUGCAUCACCAAACAGCCAUCUGUUGAUGUGUUUGCUGACUAUUUCCUGUUGGAUUACAAGGUCAGUCACCUUGAAUAACUAGCUACUAUUUAGUAGGUUUCGGGGGCCCAAACACUUUUCCCAAAAAGAGGUACUUUAUAGAUAAUACUGUGAGUUAUACAAUGCAGCUCAGUGUAUGUGUAAUAGAGUGUCUGAAGACAGCCUGCAGUUCUGAAACUUUGUAAACUGGUAUUUGCUGGAAGUCUAAGGUUAAACAGCAAACUUAGAUGUUGGAUAAUGAAUAUAGUUUAUUUUACUUUGCCUUUGGUUUAAGACGAAGGAUCACUGACCAUUUAAAGGUUGAGUUGAUGACUCAAUAAAUAUUUUAAUGAAUCCAAAGCCAUCGAUCAUGGUCGUUACAGCUUUCUUUAAUGGUCCUGUACUGAACAUAAGUAUGCUUGCUGUUAUCGCAGCUUUGAACAGGACAUAGAGGAAUGCAUUUUGUGUGCUGUAAUUAAUUACUACAUCAGUGAACAAUAUCCUUAAGGACAGCUAAUGCAUAUCUUGGUUCUGGGAAUGAGGGUCAUUUAUCUUGUUCUUUACAAAACAUGUUUUAUUUAAGAAAUAACUACUUGUUUUACUAAUUUUUUAUUAUUUAAAUUCCUGUGUGUAUAUGAUGCCAAAUGUAUGACUGUGCCCAUAUUAUAUUUUGUUUUCAAGAUGUAUGUUCAUAUUGUUAGUUAUAGCAAGCUUUGAAAUACCGUCGCUAUAAGAAAAUGCACAUAUUUUAUAUAAUUUAAUUAGUGCACAAUGUCUCUGAAACCAUGUACAUUCUGUGUGGAACGCUGCACAUGUUUUACAUUCAUUGGAAGCAGCUCUGAUAGCUGCAUCUCACAAAUUCCAGCAUUUGAAAGUUUACUGAUAAUGUUUAAUUUAUUGCCUACAAUUUUUCGUGCUGAUAUAUGCGCAUGUUUGAAUUUUGCUGAAUCUCUGCUGUACUUCCUGUUGAAAUUAAUCUAGUUCAAAAUGUAGGCUGAUGCAUUUUCAUUACUGGCCCUAAUUUAAUCAUAUUUGAUGACUUCUGUUUAUUUACCGAGCUCAGCCAAUAAAGAAAAGCAUUCUUUGA